AUGUUGACGAUGAGCACAAAGGGCGACAUGUUUGCUCUUGUGGCUCGUGCUCUCUCUUUUCGGAACAUUGAUUUCGCGCUCCGUUCAUCUCGAAUUCAACUUCUACGAACACCAUUCUCUAUUUUUAUGUGGGAGGUUUGCAAUGGUCUCACAGGUCCUGCAAGGAGUCGUUUCUAUGCGCGAGAACCGGCCAUUCGCGUUCCAGGUUUAAAGUAUCUUGCCUAA